AUGACCUUCAUGAGCUGUUCCGCGGCCGUCUCCAACGGUAUUGCGCCGCGCUUCCUCGUCUGCGCGCGCGGGGUGCUCGCUCUCGGUUCCCACAGGAGUAGUAGGAGGGCGAGGCGCAGGCACGCGGCGGUCUUCGCUAAGACGAGGCGGAGGCGGCGGCGGCCCAGCGAGUGGCAGCGGCCGUGGUGGAGGACCUUCUUUGCUGACUGGAACGAGGACGAGGAGAGCCUGGCCGGGUUCAGGGAGGACGACGAGCUGCUGGAGGCGAUUGGGGCCGACCAGGAGCUGUCGGAGAACGAAAAGUUCGAGGAGUGGAGGAGGAAGGCCGAGGCGAUUGUUGAGCUGCGCGAGGCCCAGCAGGAUGCGAUGAACACCGAGGCGCGGUCGUGGGAGGAUUGGACCAGUGGUGGCGGCGCCGGCGGCGCGUCGGCGAAUGGAGGUGGAGGUGGGGACUGGGGCGGGGAGGCCAGCUUGUUGGACGAGAUAACUGAUGAUCCUGCGGAGAUCGUGUGGGACAAGGGCGUUAUCGAGGCUUUCAGAGAUACCGUCGAUGAUGAUUAUGAGGACAUGCUCUUCGAAGAUCGAGUGUUUAUGUAUGCCUCCACAAACUCGGCCAAAUUUCUAGCAUUGUUGAUUGUGGUUCCGUGGGUGGUAGAUUUUGCAGUCCAUCACUAUGUUAUGAUGCCCUUCUUAGACAGGUAUGUCGAGAAGGUUCCACUUGCAGCUGAGUUACUUGAUGUAAGGCGCAGCCAGAAGCUGCACAUGGUUAAAGACCUAAACAUGGAAAAGGCAAGAUACCGUAUGGAAGUAGAGAUUGGCAAAUCUCCUCCGCUUUCUGAUGAGGAGGUCUGGUUUGAGCUGCGGGAAAAAGCGAUAGAGUUGAGGGAUGAUUGGAGGCUAGAAAAUCGAGCAGCUUUAGCAAAUAUAUGGUCCGAUAUGGUUUAUGGGAUUGUUCUAUUCCUUCUUAUGUGCUUCAACCAGAGCAAAGUUGCGAUGCUGAAGUUCACAGGAUAUAAGUUGCUAAAUAAAAUUUCAGACAGUGGGAAGGCCUUUCUUAUUAUUAUAGUAUCAGACAUCCUUCUAGGCUACCAUUCAGAGUCAGGUUGGCAUACAUUGGUAGAAGUUAUUCUCGAGCAUUACGGGCUUGAAGCUGAUGAAGCGGCGGUCACAUUUUUUGUUUGUCUGUUUCCAGUUGCUUUGGAUGUGUACAUAAAGUUUUGGGUAUACAAAUAUCUUCCAAGAUUAUCACCCAGUGUGGGCAACGUUCUGGAUGAAAUAAAGCGCCAUUAG